AUGCAUCACCUUCUUAAGUCGCAAAUUCGCUCCUCCCCGGCAUCUUCGGGCUCUUCCUCUGCUCCUAUUCGUCCUCAUGCCAUUUCAUGCCUGGAUCCUCGGUUCUCGCAGGCCUCGGAAUCCACACUCCUACCGGCCUCUUUUGCCGACCAGCCAAGUUGCCGCCCAACUCUCAGUCAGCUCGACAUAUUCGGCCUGCUUGAAGGGAUUCGACAGAAUCGGCGCCACUACCAGACCGUCUGGACCCGGCUUGCCGGUCUCAUGACCGACGGUCUCGUGGUGCUCGCCGACCUGCUUCCGUCUGUGCCUCGAGCCCGACCCGGUGGCCGGUAG